UCUACCUUCUCUUCACGUUGGAUUCAUUUCUACCUCUACUCAACUCGCAUAUCACCCACAAUGCCCACCCCCCUAGAUCGAGCAAUGCAGUCCAAGAACCUGUUCCUGGGGUUUGCGGGAAUGGUCACGGCCGCCGCCGUCUGGGCCAUCUGGGGUAGCGAUAUGCUCCCUGCCCAGCCAGAUCCAACCGGAGAUCCCAACGAUUGGACGGCCGACGAAAUGCGAAGAUGGCUUCAUGUCAGAGGGCUUUUGCCGAAUGAAAGCUCCACACGCGAGGAGCUACUCGCACGAGUCAAAGCGAAUUUGCGUGUACCGCGCAGGUCUGCCUCCUCAUAGUUCUGGUGAACUCGCGAGUU